AUGGCCCACUGGAGAGAGGAGUAUUUGGCUGCGUUGGCUGUUCGGGAUCAGAGAGAGAAGGCCAACGUCGCCCUCUACGAUGCCUAUACUCGCCUCGCUGAUCGCACCGCCACACUUAAGUCCCCAAUAGCCACAGCUGCCAGUCCUGCAGUGGACCAAAAUUCGUCAGCCCCCAGAGAGAGUCAUCGCAGUGCAUCUUCGGGUGCACCCGGCCUCUCUCCAGCCGAGUUAUUGGAUACUGCUCGCGCAGAUUUGUCAGAGGCACAGCGUUUUCGAUCAGAAUUGCAAGACAAAUUUAAUCGAGUGACUACGGAAGUUGAAAAACUUCGCAAGAGAAACAGCCAGGAUGCUCGCCGAAUCAACUCAUUAGAGAGCGAGAGACUACAUCUGAGUUCGCGACUCAAAGACAGGGACGAGGAGCUGCGGGGUAAAGCAAAGUUGCUCGAGGAUUUCCAAGAUGAGAUGGCGACAUUAAAUCUCCAACUGAAUAUGGCUGACCAAAAGUCCAAUAAGCUUCAGCAUGAAAACCAGGAACUCGUUGAUCGUUGGAUGGCGAGAAUGGGCCAAGAGGCAGACGCUAUGAAUGAUGCCUCCAAGUUUUCAUAG